UAUAUAUACCCACAUGCACACGCCAUUUGCCAAUUCAUCCAUCUUACUCUCUAUAACCGGCCUCCUAAUUAAACUCACUUGUUGGUGGAAAAUUAAUUAAAGUACUUCUUCAUUCAAUGGAUCAGCUUGGAAUCAUUCAACCAUCUUCUUCAACCAAGGUUGAAAGAAGGCUAGUGGAGAAAAACAGAAGAAAUCAAAUGAAGAACCUGUACAACAAACUCAACUCUCUUCUCCCUAGCUAUAACCCCAAGGAAGCAUUACCACUGCCUGACCAAGUGGAUGAGGCAAUCAACUACAUCAAGAGUUUGGAGGCAAAGGUGAAGAUGGCACAGGAGAAGAAAGAGAAUUUGCAGGGAAUUAGAAAGAGAUCCCGUGGUUGCUUCUCCAAUAAUAGUGCCAAUUUUGCUGCAACUUCUGGUUUCCCAAAAUCGCCACAACUUGAGAUUCACGAAGUGGGUUCUUCUCUACAAGUUGUUCUGACUUGUGGGCUAGACCACCAGUUCAUUUUCUAUGAAAUCAUUCAAAUACUGCAUGAAGAGAACAUUGAGGUCAGAAGUGUCAAUUCCUCGCUCGCUGGAGACUCAGUGCUUCAUGUUGUGCAUGCUGAGAUUCCUCAGUCUUUUCUUCAAUUUGGAGCUACCAAAGUAAGUGAGAGAUUAAAAAGGUUUGUGAAUGGGUCCUGCAGUGAUGUGGAAACACAGCCCGAGUUGUGGGAUUUUGAAAUUGGUACUGAUGAUAUGUGGGGUUUCUAGAUCUUACAAGGAUGCAUUUACCAAAAGUUUUGUAAAAUAAGAAAAAAAAAUGUUAGCUAUAAUACUACAACAAGCUUUAAGAGUACUGUAUCAAACAUAUUUUGCCCAUGUUCCAACAGGUUUUGACGGGAAUUAACUAACGAGAUGGUUUAUCUUUUGUUUGUUUGUUUGUUAUGAUUUGUAACUUUCAACAUUAAUUCAGAAAACAAAGUUCUCCUCUUCA